UCCGACUCUCUCUCUAUCAAUCUCUCUCUCUCUCUAGAUCUCUGAAAUUCUGAGAAAGCAAACCCUAUUUUCCUCUCUAUAUACCAGCACAUCCCUUACGAUCCUUUUCCUUUCGAUUCUGAUUUUGAUCAUUUAGACCAAUUCUCAACUGAUUGGAUUGAUCCGUGAAUGUGAAGAUCGCAACUCGUAAUGUCGGUCGUUCUUGAAAAUUUGUCAUCGUUGCAGAAUUAAUGGAUGAUCGACAUGCCUCAAUUGCGUAGCGGAGUCCGGAGAGGGAGACCCACAAGGCAGCAGCAACAACAGAAGCAACAACAAGUUGUCGCGGCUGAACCGAGGGGAAAAGCGGAAGACAAGACGAGGGCGAGACCCGUAAGGACUAGCCAGAGACGGAAAGCACAGGUGAAGGCGAAGGAGGGUGGUGAAGACGACGAUAAAAGGGUUGUGAAGCUUGAAACUGGUGGUGUCCUACCAAUUGAAGUUCGUGAACAAGAAGAAGAUAGGAAAUUUGUGGGUGUUGAGGUUGUAGGAACAAAGGAAGGGGUUGGUGAGAGAGAUAUGGGCGAUCAUAACAGCGGUGGACGUAACGGUGAUAAGGGAUUGGCUACUGAAGAUGAAGGAAGCACAGCUCCUCUACCUGAUAAGGUCCAGGUCGGUAAUUCCCCUACAUAUCGAGUUGAAAGAAAACUGGGUAAAGGAGGUUUUGGACAAGUUUAUUCUGGUCGUCGAAUUAUUCCAAUUCCAAAUCCAAAUGAAAAAAAUCAAGGGCCUUUAGAGGUAGCUUUGAAACUUGAGCAUAGAACUAGCAAAGGGUGUAAUUAUGGGCCGCCCUAUGAGUGGCAAGUUUACAGUGCUCUUGGUGGGAGUCAUGGUGUGCCCAGGGUCCAUUUCAAGGGAAGACAAGGGGACUACUAUAUUAUGGUUAUGGAUAUACUAGGACCUAGCUUAUGGGAUGUGUGGAAUAACAACGGCCACACGAUGUCAACUGAAAUGGUUGCAUGUAUUGCCAUUGAGGCAAUCUCCAUCCUAGAAAAGAUGCAUUCCCGAGGGUUUGUGCACGGGGAUGUAAAACCUGAGAACUUUUUGCUUGGUCUACCUGGGACCUCUGAUGAAAAGAAGCUAUUUCUAGUUGACUUGGGGUUAGCCACCAGAUGGCGAGAUAGUUCAACUGGAUCACAUGUCGAAUAUGAUCAAAGGCCGGAUGUUUUUAGGGGAACAGUAAGAUAUGCAAGUGCACAUGCACAUCUUGGAAGAACCGAGAGUAGAAGGGAUGAUCUAGAAUCACUUGCUUACACACUUAUAUUUCUUCUUAGAGGCAGGUUGCCUUGGCAAGGAUACCAGGGUGACAACAAAGGUUUCCUUGUUUGCAAGAAGAAGAUGGGAAUUUCUCCCGAGACCUUAUGUUGCUUCUCCCCUGCUCCUUUUAAACAGUUUGUUGAGUAUGUAGUUAAUCUGAAGUUCGACGAGGAGCCUAACUAUGCAAAAUAUAUAUCCCUUUUUGAUGGAAUAGUUGGACCUAAUCCUGAUAUCAGACCUAUCAACACAGAUGGAGCUCAAAAGCUUAUUUAUCAGGUUGGUCAUAAAAGGGGGCGGCUAACCAUCGAGGAAGAUGACGAUGAACAGCCUAAGAAGAAGGUUAGAAUGGGAAUGCCAGCGAAUCAAUGGAUUAGUGUGUACAAUGGUAGGCGACCUAUGAAGCAAAGAUAUCACUAUAACGUGGCUGACAUGAGAAUCGCACAGCACAUAGAUAAAGGAAAUGAAGAUGGGUUAUAUGUAAGCUGUGUCGCUUCUAGUUCAAACCUUUGGGCAUUGAUAAUGGAUGCUGGAACUGGCUUCACGGACCAAGUCUACGAGCUUUCCCCAAAUUUUCUUCACAAGGAAUGGAUUAUGGACCAAUGGGAGAAGAAUUUUUAUAUUACUGCAGUAGCAGGUGCCAACAAUGGAAGUUCUUUAGUUGUAAUGUCUAAAGGUACACAAUAUUUGCAGCAGUCUUACAAAGUAAGUGAAUCAUUUCCAUUUAAAUGGAUAAAUAAGAAAUGGAGGGAAGGGUUCUAUGUAUCCUCCAUGGCCACUGCCGGAAGUAGAUGGGCGAUUGUUAUGUCGCGUGGUGCUGGAUUCGCUGAUCAGGUUGUGGAACUUGAUUUUCUUUACCCGAGUGAAGGAGUUCACAAAAGGUGGGAUGCAGGUUAUCGCAUAACAUCAACUGCAGCAACUUUGGAUCAAACUGCUCUUGUACUUAGUGUGCCAAAAAGAAAACCAACUGAUGAAACUCAAGAGACUCUAAGGACUUCAGCUUUCCCCAGCACGCAUGUCAAGGAGAAAUGGGCGAAGAAUCUGUACAUUGCAUCGGUUUGUUAUGGACGAACUGUUUGUUGAAUGAUCUUGAGAUGGUUUGCCUGCCCCAUGACUGAACCGAAUCGGAAACUGUUUUUGAUGAUGCGGAGGAUAAGGGAGGAGGAUUACUCGAAUAAUAAUAUAUAGUUCUCGAUUGAACGAAUGCAGAUGAUCUCUAAAUAGAUAAGAAUUUGUAUGUAAGCUAGCUAUUUGACAACAGAGAAAGUUGUAUAGUCAGAAGAGAUUCAUCAAAACAAUACAAUAAUAUUUUGACUUUUAACUGCUCAAA